AUGCAGUUAUUUUAUGAUAUUAGGUAAGAAAGCGAUUAUUGCGCAAAAUAAUAUCUAAAAAAAAGCUUUUUUUUUAAAUUUUGUAAAGAAAGUUCUUGCAUUUUCUCAAAAUUUUAAAAAUGCCAUUUUCAAUCAAUGUAUUCAAAGUUAUUGCUAAAAAAUUAAUUUCUGCACCGUGCAGCGACAUUUGUCUUCUUUGCACAGUGCGAAAGCUCGAUCCCAUCCGAUCUGGCAAGUUAAGCAAGGGUGCGCUUGAUUAUAAAAAGUUCGGGGAACUCUUGGUGGAAACAUAGACAUGAGAAACGGGCCGGGCCGGCCUUGAGCAAAAUUCCGAUCAGGCCGGGCCUAACAUUCAGGCCCGGUCCGGCCCGGCCCGUUUCUCAUGUCUAUGGAAACAAGGUUUCUGAGAUUUUUAGAGUACUGGAAAGAAAGUUUUUGCAUCGUUUGAUUUUGAGUGUUAUAUAUAAUGACAUUUAGCGCAAGUUUUUGGUAGUUUUAUGGUCUUCAGGAGGAUGUUUUUGGCCGUUUUUGGUUGUAAAGAAAGUUUUUGCAAUUAUUGUGAAUUAGUCAUGGUUUUUUCUUUUCAGCCUAUUCAUUCCAGUGCAUAAUAGAUUGAAUGACGACCAUUUAAUCGACCAAAACCCAUCUUCUAACUUAAUAUAGUCAAUCUUCUACUAGAAUCUACAACAAUAUGAGCUUAACGGGUGUUUUACAAAAUCAACUGGUCAAUUUGGUCCGCUUUUUUUCAUCACUAUGUCAUCGUUUGUUCAGCUGUCUACGAUUUGGGCGUGGUAAUUCGGAUCGAAUUGGUGAAUUGCCUACGGUAAUUCCGGCCGAUCAACGGCGACAAUAUCAACCGGUACCAACGGCACCAGAUGCGAUGGAUCCGUAUGGUGGACAAGCAGGGCAAUUCGGAGGACAGACUGGGCAAUUUGGUGGACAAUCUGGGCAGUUUGGGCAAAACGGACAAGUUCCCGGACAAAAUGGACAAUUUCCCGGAAAAUUUGGCCAAAAUGGACAAACCGAAGUUCAAAACGUCCAAAACCCUCAUUAUGGCCAAAACCCACAGUAUGCCCAAGGGCCAAGUUACAGUAACCCGGCUCAUGAUUCAUGGACCGAAUGGGAUGACAAAGCUGAUAUAACCGAACAGAAAAUCGCCGAAUACAGAAAGAAUUUGGCGCAGAAACAGAAGCCAAGCCAAGAAAAGCCGGACGAUGAAGUGGACUUGUUCAGCGAACUUCAGCCGACUGUCAAAGCUGCUAAAAAGGUAGGUGAAGGGUGGAAAAAAGUUAUUGCGGUUUUUUGAAAUUUUUAAAAUUUUGAAAAAAAUAAUUUUUUUAGGCUAAAAACAGACUGUAAAGGAAGUUUUGGUAAGCAAAAAACGUUGUAAAGAAAGUUAUUGCGGUUUUUCGAAAGAAAGUUUUUUCGGAUCUUUAAUAUUUUUGAAAAAUAUGUUGCUCUAUGCUUAGAAAACUUUAUGCUAAACCUAGAAAUCACCAAUAAGCCUAAUAAUGACUGUCAACAAAGUUUUUGCCAAAAAAAUGAAUUUUGAAAUUUCAAAAUUAUAUCUUUUCAGUAUAUUAUCCAUGAUUCCUCAGCUCAAAAACCUCAACAAUCAGUGCGAGAAGAUCUCUUUAGUGUUCAAGACGUCCCAAGUUAUAAUCAGGUAAGUGUUUUUUUUUCGAAUUUUAAAAAAUUUUUUAAAAAAAUUUAAAAUUAAAUUUUUUUUUGAAAUCCAAAAUUUUUUUCAAAAUUUCUUGAAAUUUAUAAAAUUGAGAACAUUAUAAUAGGUGUUUAAAAAAUAAAAAUUUAUUUUCAAAAAUGUACAAACAAUCAAAGCAAAUGCCCAAAGGCAUAAAAAUUGAAAAAAAAAGUUAUUAGAAAGACGUUAAAAUUGUAAAAAUGGCAGUUUUGAAUUGACAAAAUUAACAAAAAAUGAAAAAAUUUGGGAGUUUGAAAGACAAAAAUGGGCGGAAUUUCGCUUAAUUUGGCCGAAAAUUGGAAAAAACGGCUUAAUUUUGUUCGAAAAUUCAAAAAAUGGCUCAAAUUUAGCCAAAAAUUUGAAAAAUAGGCCAAAAUUAGGCAGAAAAUUCAAAAAUAUGGCUCAAAUUUAGCCAAAAAUCUAA